AUGGGAGCUAGUUCCCGACAAGUGGUUUCUUUGGUUUGCAACACUCCACCCAUCGACUCAGAAACUCCCACCCCCUUCGUCGUCGCCAUCAUUGGAGGCAGUUGGAACAUCGGUGCUGCAACAGCCAAAGCCUUUGCCCAAGCCGGUGCAACCGGAAUCAUCAUAACCGGUAGCACCAAAUCCCUUCACCUCCUAGAAACAAAAAUCCAAGUCGAGGCCGCCGCUUCUUCUCCAGACCUCAAAGUCACCGCCCUAGCUGCCGACUUGGGGGAUCCUUCUUCUGCAAAGCUUGUUGCCGAUACCAUCACUUCUAUUUAUGGUUGUCUGGAUCUGCUUAUCAAUAAUAGUGCAAUUGUUAGCACGCACGAGUCUGCUUUUAAUAAGCUGAUUGGCAUUGAUAUUGAUCAAAUUCAGAAGACGAUGGAAGUCAACUACAUUGGGAAAUUUGCACUCAUCAAGGCUCUUCUGCCGUUGAUAUUGAUUAGUGAGAGUGGGAAAAAGACCAUCAUAAAUAUUACGAGUGGUAUGGCGCAUUUUGCGAGUAUGGGUUCAAUCGGGUACAAUAUCUCAGAAUUGGCACUUAACAGAUUGACCGAGGCAGUAACCGAGUCAUAUGGUGGUGAAGGUAUGCUGGCCUAUGCUGUUCAUCCAGGUAUUGUUGCGACUAUGCCUCCUAUUGGCAUGGCACCUGACGGUCGACCAUGGCCGUCGAUGACGUUGGACUUUGUGGUUCGUUUUUGCUUUGGUUGGUCAAGGAGCGACGGGAGUGGUUGA